AUGGUGCUCCGAAAACCGCCACCUCCUGGCAUCAAGGUUCCGCCGCGAGGAACAAACGCUGCCGACCACAGGUCUCCUGCUUCACGGAGCUCGACCUCCCCACGUUCCACCGGCCAAAGAAGCCGCAAGGAUAGCUGGGAAUUGGACACAGAUUCGAUAUACUCCCCGGACCUGCAUACAUCACCCGCCUUUGAUCUCAUGCCUCUCGAAGAGGCACAGAAGUCACCAAUGUCGCCUCAUAGUCCUUGGGAGGAUGAGCUUGUGGAACGGCCAAACGGGACCGCUCCUCUGUCCGGGAGUAUGCCACUAGGAAUGGUCAGUCAGAGCUAUGGAAGUCAACAUGGGGAACGGAGCUCCUCGAUGUCGAAUGUUCCACAAAUAUCCCUAGACACGACACGAAGAGAGCCCGCUGCGGAUAUUCAGCCACAAUCUACAGGGAAUGGACCAGCAUCUGGAGCUCAUUGGGAAGCAGUCUCACCCCAGCGGUUUCGAGCAAAUAAUCCAUUUGCUCGUGCACGUAAUCCUAGCCCAAAUCCAUGGGAGAAUAGAAAUCAACCUGGCCAAGGACAAGCCCCUUCAGAUCAGGCGUCUACUGCGUCAGGAAUUCAUCUGGACUCUUCCGAAAGGAACAGCCAAACAUCGGGCAUUAUCCCCAUGACAGCACGCUUGUCAAUAUUUGAUCAGCCUGAGGAUCCAUGGACCCAACAACCCAGUCAGUCGAGCUUACAAGAGCAAACUCCUCUUCAUGGCGUCGCACCAGCUGUACAACAUGACUACACCAACGCAUCCGAAAAUAUUUGGCAGUUACCACCUUCUGAACAAUCCGCUGCCACUAAUUCUCACUGGGCAAUUCAAUCAGACCAAACUAUUGAUUCGCACAAUGAGUGGCAGGAAAUCAAACCCAAUCCUACUUCUUCAAAAGUUGAAAUACCCAUCAACAACCCGCAUGUCUCAGAGACGGAUAACCAACGAAGUCUGUCUCCGCAUUUGAUCGACCUUGAUGAUACGCCGACGGAAGCUAGAGCAAAUGCAUGGUCGAGCGAGUCGCAACCGACUGUACCUUCGAAAGACGAGAAAUCUUCAACAUCGUCUCCAUCCCAAGCGCCACCAGCAAAGAUGCCAGCCGCACUGCCUCCGAUGUCUGAAACUGAGUUGAAGAGAUUCCAGGAGAAGCAAUUAGAAACUUAUGCGAUUCGCCACGUUAAUUGGACCGACGACACGGGAAAAUUGCGGGAGUCGCCUGUGUUGGUUCAGAACAAGAAUGGCCCAUGCCCUCUGCUUGCUCUUGUCAAUGGACUUAUUAUGCGCUCUGUCGGGAGUAAAGAUGCUCAACAGCCUGUUGUCAAGGCAUUACAGACUAGAGAGAAUAUCUCUCUUGGACUCCUUAUUCAAGCGCUUUUUGAUGAGUUAACGACAUAUCCAGUAGACAUCCUUCCUGAUAUCGAAGCACUGAGUCGGUUUCUUACCAUGCUACAUACUGGCAUGAAUGUCAAUCCGCGACUAAUUAUAGAAUCCCCAACAUCAGUUGGGACAUUUCAUGAAACUAGUGAUCUUCGUUUUUAUGAUGCGUUUAAAGUGCCAUUGUUACAUGGAUGGAUUGCCGAUCCAAAAAGCAACACCCAUGCGGCAAUGGCUAAGGUUGCUGAGUAUUAUGAAGACAUACAAUUACUACAGUUUCGCAAAGAAGAGCUAGAAGACCGCGUAAUACGCAGUGGAUCCACUUUGACCCCCGAUGAAGAACGCCUUAUCGCAGAAAUUGAUAUAAUCCAGUCUUUUGUUAAUGUUGAGAAUGCCACACAGCUGAGCCGAUUUGGUCUUGGCCAUCUCAGUAAGACACUUGCAUCAGGCUCAAUAUCGAUCCUUUUUCGAAACGACCAUUUUUCAACCUUAUAUAAACAUCCUCAAUCCGGGCAACUCUUCACCCUCGUCACCGACGCCGGAUAUGCAGAUCACCCGGAGAUCGUAUGGGAAUCACUUGUCGACGUUUCAGGCUCAAAUGCCGAGUUCUUCGCCGGCGAUUUCAGACCAGUCGGCCAUGGCCCAUCUGGUUCCCACUCUACUGAAACUAAUCACCUCGUCAGUCAAAGAGAAUCAAGUCGAACUAGCGCUCAGGCUGCUGGGCAAGGCGGUGAUACAUCUACCACUGAACAAGAAGACGCUGAUUACGCAUAUGCUCUUUCCCUUCAAUUUCAAGAAGAAGCCCGGCAACAAGAGCAGCAACGACAAGAACAACGCAGCCAUACACGCGCAGGCUCGAUACCAAAUAACCCGCGUUCUUCUUCAUCCACAGUAAACACAAACAAUACAUCAGCCCGUGGUACCACUUCUGGACAUCGAUAUACCCAAUCCUCGUCGGCUGCAAAUCGCCUUCGCAAUAACUCAACCGCCUCAUUUCCUUCCCAAAACACCGAUAGUCUCAACACCAACAAUAUACCCGUCGACGGACCAUCUGAUCAUGACAACGACGACGAUGCCCCACCUCCAUCGUACGAUCAAGUCGCGCGCAACAAGACUCUUGCUCAACGACAGCAACAGCAACAACGACAACGACAACGACCAUCAACGGGCCACCCUUCCAUUGAUACUGAGUAUUCCCGAAAUAACUACCCUGGCGCUGCUGCUGUGGGUCGGAGACAAGAACCAUGGCCGCCAAUUACUACAUAUGACAGAGGAUCAAGAGAUAGAAACGGGAAGGACUGCAUUGUCAUGUAG